AUGGCGCUUCGCACACCUCUGGCCCGCGCGGCGAACAGAGCUACAUCGGCAGUCUCAACACCGGCAUUCUCGGCGUAUUCACUGCAGUUCCGGAGAGGCAACGCGACGGUCGCCCCAGUCAAACAAGAUGUCGCGACCGGAUCGAAAGGUCCUACAGCCAUGGUCUUCAUGAACAUGGGUGGUCCCUCGACAACCGAUGAAGUCCAUGGCUUUCUGUCCAUGUUAUUUGCCGACAAGGACCUGAUCCCUCUCGGCCCCCUCCAAAACUACAUUGGCCCCUACAUUGCCCGCCGUCGCACCCCCAAGAUCCAAAAACAAUACGCAGAAAUUGGCGGCGGUUCGCCCAUCCGCAAAUGGAGCGAAUUCCAAGCCGCAGAAAUGUGCAAGAUCCUCGACAAAACCAGCCCCGAAACUGCGCCGCACAAGCCCUAUGUCGCAUUUAGAUAUGCAAACCCGCUUACAGAAGACACGUACAAGAAACUGCUGGCGGAUGGAUUUGGCGGCGGCAAUGGAGGCAGAGCUGUCGCUUUCACACAGUACCCGCAAUACUCGUGCUCCACGACGGGCUCCUCGCUCAACGAACUCUGGAAAUGGCGGACCCGCCUCGAGGGCAAGGACGGCGAAGCUGAAGGCGCGAUCAAAUGGUCUGUGAUUGACCGCUGGCCCGCGCACCCGGGCCUCGUCGAAGCCUUCGCGCGCCACAUCGAGGCCAAACUUGCCGAGUACCCCGCUGAGCGACGAGACGGCGUGGUGCUGCUGUUCAGCGCACACUCGCUGCCCAUGACGGUCGUGAACCGCGGCGACCCGUACCCCGCGGAGGUUGCGGCAACGGUGUAUGCAGUCAUGUCGCGCCUGGGCAUGAAGAACAAGUACCGCCUCGUAUGGCAGAGUCAAGUCGGGCCCCAACCAUGGUUAGGCGCGCAGACCUCCGACACUGUCAAAGAGUACAUGAAGAAAGGGCAGACGGACAUGUUGCUCAUCCCGAUCGCGUUUACCUCAGACCACAUCGAGACGCUGUACGAACUGGACAAGGAGGUCAUCGGCGAGGACGCCGAGGGCCAUGAAGGUGUUAGGAGAGUGGAUAGCUUGAACGAUAGCCCCGUCUUUAUUGAGGCACUGGCUGAUAUUGCGAAAAAGCAUUUGGACAGCGGGAAGGCGACGAGUCAGCAGAUGCAGCUCAGGUGUCCGAAGUGUACGAGCGAGAGGUGUCAGGCGAGUAAGGAUUUCUUUGCUGGGCAGCAGAAGUAUCUCGAUGCUGCAGCGUAA